CUAAAAGGACAAUAUUAUAAACAUUUUGUUAUUAUCGUGGUUUUGUUUUGAAAUGCCUUUUUGUGCCCGGAAACGGUAUUGUUGUUCUUCCGUUGCUAAACUGAGCAAAAGGAGGAAGCAGGAACGGUUUGACAGUUUGCUGCAAAGGGAAGCACGUGGGAAGAUGAGCGUCCCGGACUACAUGCAGUGUGCAGAGGACCACCAAUCAGUGCUGGUGGUGGUCCAGCCAGUGGGCACGGUCCCCGAGGACCAGUUCUUCAGGAUCUACCAGCGCAUCGCCAGCGUGAGCCAAGUGAGCAUCAGGGACUCUCAGCGCCUCCUCUACAUCCGCUACCGCCACCACUACCUGCCCGAAAACAACGAGUGGGGCGACUUCCAGACGCACCGCAAGGUGGUGGGCCUGGUGGCCGUCACCACCUGUGCCUCCGCCAAGGACUGGCCCCUGACGUCGGAGCACUUCCACGGCCAGAAGGAGAUCUACGGCUCCACUCUGUACGACUCCAGGCUGCUGGUGUUCGGGCUGCAGGGGGAGAUCGCGGAGCAGCAGAGGACGGACGUGGCCUUCUACCCCGGCUUUGAAGACUGCUCCGACGUGGAGAAGAGGGUGGAGGACUUUGUGCAGUCCAUAUUUAUCGUGCUGGAGUCCAAGCGGCUUGACCGGGCCACAGACAAGUCCGGUGACAAGAUCCCUCUGCUUUGUGUGCCCUUCGAGAAGAAGGACUUUGUAGGUUUGGACACUGACAGCAGGCAUUACAAGAAGCGCUGCCAGGGCCGCACCAGGAAGCACGUGGGCGACUUGUGUCUGCAAGCGGGCAUGUUGCAGGACGCCCUGGUCCACUACCACAUGGCGGUGGAGCUGCUGCGGGCCGUCAACGACUUCCUGUGGCUGGGCGCCGCCCUGGAGGGUCUGUGCUCCGCCUCCGUCAUCUUUCACUACCCGGGGGGCACGGCGGGCAAGACGCCGGCGCACAAGACCACUGUCACCCAGGCGGCAGAUGCCGGGAAGCGCCACAGACCAGGGGCUCAGGAGGUUCUCAUUGACCCAGGCGCCCUCACCGCCAACGGCAUCAGCGCCGACACCAGCGCCGAGAUUGGACGGGCCAAGAACUGCUUGAGCCCCGAGGAUAUCAUCGAGAAAUACAAAGAGGCCAUCUCAUAUUACGGAAAGUACAAGAACGCCGGCGUCAUCGAGCUGGAGGCCUGCGUGAAGGCCGUGCGAGUGCUGGCCAUUCAGAAGAGGGCCAGAGAGGCCUCGGAGUUCCUGCAGAAUGCUGUCUACAUCAACCUGGGACAGCUGUCCGAGGAGGAGAAGAUCCAGCGCUACAGCAUCUUGUCCGAGCUCUACCAGCUCAUCGGCUUUCGCCGCAAGUCGGCCUUCUUCAAGCGCGUGGCGGCCAUGCAGUGUGUGGCGCCCACCAUCCCUGAGCCUGGCUGGAGGGCCUGUUACAAGCUGCUGCUAGAGACGCUGCCUGGCUACAGUCUCUCCCUCGACCCCAAGGACUUCAGCAAAGGCACUCACCGAGGCUGGGCUGCCGUUCAAAUGCGUCUCCUGCACGAGCUGGUGUAUGCCUCCCGCCGCAUGGGCAACCCCGGCCUCUCCGUACGCCACCUGUCCUUCCUGCUGCAGACCAUGCUGGACUUCCUGUCGGAUCAAGAGAAGAAAGAAGUGACCCAGAGUCUGGAGAACUACACCUCCAAGUGCCCAGGUGGAAUGGAGGUCAUCACCCUACCUGAUGGUCUGAAGCUGCCCGCCGUGCCCUUUACCAAGCUCCCCAUUGUACGGUCAGUGAAGCUCCUCAACCUCCCCGCCAGCCUGCGUCCUCACAAGCUGAAAGGCCUGCUGAGUCCCAACGUGUCCACCGCCAGUCCCUUCAUCUACUCGCCCAUCGUCAUGCACAACAGAGGAGAGGAGCGCUGCAAGAAGAUCGACUUCCAGUGGGUUCAAGGAGAUGUUUGUGAGGUGCAGCUCAUGGUCUACAACCCCAUGCCUUAUGAGCUCCGAGUGGAGAACGUGGGUUUAAUGACCUCCGGGGUGGAGUUUGAGUCCCUCCCCGCCGCCCUGUCGCUGCCCGCAGAGUCUGGCCUCUACCCCGUCACCCUGGUGGGCGUGCCAAGAACCGCAGGCAACAUCACCGUCAACGGAUACCACACCUCAGUGUUCGGUGUGACCAGCGACUGCCUGCUGGAGGGUCUGCCCGGCGUGAAAACAGACGGGUGCCUGCUGGAGGUGGUUCCUUCGCUUCCUCGUCUGCAGCUCAGUACGUCACUGCCACGGACGGCACACACGCCUCCGCCCAUGUCCAAGGAGGAGCUGUGCAGCACGGUCUCUGUCCAGCUCUUCAACGGCGAGAGCCAGCAGAUGACCAUCACCUUGGAGAAUAUCGGCUCGGAGGAUAUCGAGAGCCUGGAGCUCAGCUCCAAGAUUGUUAGCACCAAAGAGAAAGUGUUUGGGGACUUCCUGCGCUGGAGUCUGGAGGACGCCUUCUCUCAAAUGCCCCUCAAGCCCGGCCAAGCGGUCUCGCUGGUGGUGGACAUCCAUGUCAAACUGGACUUCUCGGGCCAGGAGAGUCUGCUGCAGGACCUCAACGACGAUGGAAUCAGUGUGACAGGCCUGCCAAUCUCCAGUCCUUUGCGUCAGCUCCUCAAGCCCAGGACCGACUGCAAGUCUGUCAGCGGAGAGUCGGGGAAGGGGACGGAGUACAGUCAUGUGAAGACCUUGGAGGCGGUCCUUAACUUCAAGUACUCAGGAGGCGCAGGCAAAGUGGAGGGCUACUACAGGGAGCUGUCUGUGGGGGUCCACGUGGAUGUGGAGCCCUCCGUCUUCUUCACCAGAGUCAGCACCCUCCCCGCUACCAGCACUCGUCAGUGUCACCUGCUGCUGGACAUCUUCAACCCCACAGAGCACGAGCUGACCGUCAGUGCCAAGAACAACCAGGACCUGGUUCUUCAUGCCAGCGAGUGCCAAAGGAUGGCCAUCCAGGUGGACAAGUUUGACUUUGAGAGCCUGCCCUUGCACCAGCUCCAGCACCAGCACCAACACUCCAGCAACCCCAAGCAGCUGGAGGAGGAGCGGCAGCAUGCUCGAGGCUGUCAGAUCAACAGCGAGCUGGGCAUCUGCUGGAACAUCCCUUCCCUGCGGCGCGGCGGCGAGGCCAGCGUGGAGGGCGUCCUCAACCAGCUGGUCCUGGAGCACCUGCAGCUGGCGCCCCUGCAGUGGGACGUGCUGGUCAACGGGAGUCCGUGCGACUGCGACGUGAUGGCCGACUGCGGCGUGGGCGACGCCGUGUCCUUGGAGAUCAAACUGACCAACCUGAGCAAGAACUCCGUGGGACCUCUGGCGCUGACCGUGGUGCCGUACCAGGACUACCAGAACGGGGUUCAGAACUACGACCUUGGCGAGGCCGUGACCUUCAUCGGCUCCAACACCUUCUACAUCGACACGGUGAAGCCCGGAGACAAGAAGGUGUGCACAGGUGCGCUGCUCUUCCUCUACGCGGGACAUUUCUACCUCAACAUCAAGUUCCAGGACGACAGCGCCGGACGAGAACUUCCUUUAGCGUGGUUCACUCUGCCCAGCGUCCACAUCAGAACUCUUCUACCUGCAGCUUAGACUCACCUUCACCGCCACAUACUCCCCUGUCACUCACAUCUGGAUCACACUACCCACUGCCCCGGACUGCUGGCACUAACAUCUGGAUAAGACUACUGUAAGUAACUUAUGGAUAGUAAAUACUCCCCUAGACUGCUGUCAGUCACAUCUGGAGAAUAAAUACUCGCCUUGACUGCUGUAACAUAUGGAUAAUACAACUGUAAGUAACUUAUGGAUAAUAAACACUCCCCUAGACUACUGUAAGUAACUUAUGGAUAAUAAAUACUCACCAAGACUGCUUUUAGUCAAAUCUGAAGAACCAAUACUCCCCUAGACUGCUGUAAGUAACAUCUGGAUAAUGCUUCAUACUUCACUUCUCCACCUUAAAUACUCCCCUAGACUGCUGUAAGUAACAUCUGGAUAAUAAAUACUCACCAGGACUGCUGUAACAUCUGGAUAAUACGACUGUAAGUAACUUAUGGAUAAUAAAUACUCCCCUAGACUGCUGUAAGUAACAUCUGGAUAAUAAAUACUCACAAGACUGCUGUAACAUCUGUAUCAUACGACUGUAAGUAACUUAUGGAUAAUAAACACUCCCCUAGACUGCUGUUAGUAACAUCUGGAUAAUGCUUCAUACUUCACUUCUCCACCUUAAAUACUCCCCUAGACUGCUGUAAGUAACAUCUGGAUAAUAAAUACUCACCAAGACUGCUGUAACAUCUGGAUAAUACGACUGUAAGUAACUUAUGGAUAAUAAACACUCCCCUAGACUGCUGUACGUAACAUCUGGAUAAUAAAUACUCACCAAGACUGCUUUUAGUCAAAUCUGAAGAACCAAUACUCCCCUAGACUGCUGUAAGUAACAUCUGGAUAAUGCUUCAUACUUCACUUCUCCACCUUAAAUACUCCCCUAGACUACUGUAAGUAACAUCUGGAUAAUAAAUACUCGCCUUGACUGCUGUAACAUCUGGAUAAUACGACUGUAAGUAACUUAUGGAUAAUAAACACUCCCCUAGACUGCUGUAAGUAACAUCUGGAUAAUGCUUCAUACUUCACUUCUCCACCUUAAACACUCCCCUAGACUGCUGUAAGUAACAUCUGGUUAAUAAAUACUCACCAGGACUGCUGUAACAUCUGGAUAAUACGACUGUAAGUAACUUAUGGAUAAUAAACACUCCCCUAGACUGCUGUAAGUAACAUCUGGAUAAUACGACUGUAAGUAACUUAUGGAUAAUAAACACUCCCCUAGACUGCUGUAAGUAACAUCUGGAUAAUGCUUCAUACUUCACUUCUCCACCUUAAAUACUCCCCUAGACUGCUGUAAGUAACAUCUGGAUAAUAAAUACUCACCAGGAGUGCUGUAACAUCUGGAUGAUACAACUGUAAGUAACGUAUGGAUAAUAAACACUCCCCUAGACUGCUGUAAGUAACAUCUGGAUAAUAAAUACUCACCAAGACUGCUUUUAGUCAAAUCUGAAGAACCAACACUCCCCUAGACUGCUGUAAGUAACAUCUGGAUAAUGCUUCAUACUUCACUUCUCCACCUUAAAUACUCCCCUAGACUGCUGUCAGUCACAUCUGGAGAAUAAAUACUCUCCUUGACUGCUGUAACAUCUGGAUAAUACGACUGUAAGUAACUUAUGGAUAAUAAACACUCCCCUAGACUGCUGUAAGUAACAUCUGGAUAAUAAAUACUCACCAAGACUGCUGUAAGUAACAUCUGGAUAAUAAAUACUCACCAAGACUGCUGUAACAUCUGGAUCAUACUACUGUAAGUAACUUAUGGAUAAUAAACACUCCCCUAGACUGCUGUACGUAA